CAGCGAGAAAUUCUACAGAUGCUGGCGAUCUUGAGUAACGCACAGAAAACGCUCGCGGACCUCAGAAACUGAGGCAGCAUCUAUAAAGGGGAAUAAACUGAUGAAAAGUCCCGGCCCGAAGUAUCAACUGUUUCCUCGAGCUCGCCUGCCGGCUCGGAGUAAGUAAUCCGCCCUCAUGUGAGCUCCGACCAAUGAGCUUGUCCCUCAUGUGAGCGCUGACAAUGGGCUUGUCCCUCAUGUGAGCGCUGACAAUGGGCUUGUCCCUUAUGUGAGCGCUGACCAAUGGGCUUGUCCCUUAUGUGAGCGCUGACCAAUGGGCUCGUCCCUCAUGUGAGCGCUGACCAAUGGGCUCGGCCAAACGUGAGCUCCGCCUCCACACGUGUCCUGACGGGAGGUCGGCGGUGCGGCGUGUUCCGAUUUCUGUUCCCACAGACGCGGCCUGACCGGCAGCGUAUUCCCGGUCUCCGCUGUAUUAUUUUCAGAUUCCCACCAUUUGCUAAUUCAUUAGUUUCCUUGACUCAAUAUCCCGCUCACUCCGUCCCUGUGACUCUCCAUGCUCGUUAAUGGCGGCCCCGGUGCAGCGGCUGAGUCACCUUGCUUUCCAUGUCAGCAACAGCGAGCUCCUGGUCCGCUACUUGGUGCGGGCGUUCCGCUUCCAGCUGUGCGGCAGCCGCCAGACGCCGAGUGUUAGGCAGUCGCUGCUCAGGAAAGGUUCCGCCGUGUUCAUCGUUAACGAGAGCGCGGCCGGCCGGUGCUCGGGGCCGGAGAGCUUUCUGUACGACGCGGCUCCGGCGCAUGUGGUGGACACCGCUUGCAACGUGUCCUUCGAGGUGAAGGACGUGGAGCGGGCGACGCUCAGCUUGAGCCGCCUCGGCUGCCGGGUUUUAGUGCCACCGAGCCCCGUGGAGGACGAGCUGGGUUCGGUCACUUACUCUGUGCUGGGGUCGGUGGUGGGUGAUGUCCGCCACACUCUCAUCGACCGCAGCAACUACUUCGGAGACUUUCUACCCGGUUUCGGACUGGGUCCUGCGGCUGCGGUCUUGGCUCGGGAGCAGGACGGCGAUCCGGUGGCAAUCACUCAUUUUGAUCACAUAACCUAUGCGUGCCCUCAAGGGCACUGCAACUACAUCAUGGACUGGUACCAGAGGUGCUUCGGCUUCCAGCGCUUCCUCAUUAACCGAAAUGAAAGUGUAGACAAUGGUUAUGUCAUUCAAGGGAAUGACAUUGGAUUGCGCUUGACUGCUAUGGAAUAUUGGAAAUGCAGUGAAGUUGGUAUGUCAAUCUCUACAAAUGAAGAAAAGAAAACGGACUGCAAGUUUGUGAUUGCUGAGUCCUUACCCCGUCAAGGUAAAAACCAAGUUGACACAUUUCUGGAGGAGCACCGUGGAGCAGGAAUACAGCAUGUGGGAUUGUACACCAGUGACAUAGUUUCUACCUGCAAAUCUCUUGUAGACGCCGGAGUUCAAUUUUUUACCCCUCCUGCUACAUAUUACACAGAGAUUGACAAACAGCAAGAGAUCAUGAAAGUAGGAGAAGAUUCAGAGUUGCUUUCACGAUAUGGCAUUCUCCUCGAUUCGGAGGUUGAUGGUGAGCACUGUAAAGAAGAAGCUGAAUGUCACAGGCCAGAUGAUAACAAAAAUAGGUACCUCAUGCAAAUGUUUACAAAACCAAUAUUUUCUGAAGAGACUUUUUUUCUUGAACUCAUUGAGCGAAAAGGUGCCUCCGGAUUUGGAGAUGGGAAUAUCCGUGCACUGUGGAAAUCUGUUCAGACAGCUAUGGAUCAGCAUGAGGAGAAUAAAACCACAAAGGGAAUAUUGAUGAGGAAUGCAGGUUUGCUCUCAAGUUGAAGGUCUGCAAGUGACAGUUGGAAUCUAUCAGACCACAAUCCUCCUUUUGGCAUUGAAUUUCUAGGGUCUGCUUUCCAGAAGUAUGCAAUUGUACCAAAUAUUAAAUAUAAAUGUACUGUAACAGAUAUAUAUCAAGUUCAGAUAUGUCUUUGCAAAAUGAAAAAUUGCAAUGUGAAUCAAUUUCUAGGAAUUAAACCAUUUCAAGUUAAUAUUUCUGUAAUUUUUUCUACUGAUGUUGGUAACAUUUCCAAAUUGAUCUUGAUGUAUAAUUUCAAAGUUCAUUCCUUUUUCACACUUUCAAAAGAUUUAGUUCGAAGCUCAUCAACCUCAGGAAUAAAUCAGAACAGUGAGGAACGGUUGCGUUUCCAGAGAUACCAUGCUUUAGAUGACAUUUUGGAAGAAAAAUGUACAAUUCAAAUGAUGCCACGGUCAAUUCAGAGGAAGAGCUUUCACUAUAUUUACUAAUAUCGCUUUCAAUUUAGUAUGGCCUAUUCACUGCCUGAUGUUUGUGUAUUCGGACUCGAUAAACAUUCUUCCAUACUUUGCAACAGAGGGCAAAUCCAGGGUUCUGAAAGGCACAACAUCAAUCCGGGUUUUAUUGAUGUGCGAUAGGGUCAACUUCCAUGUCCAGAUAUACAAGUCCGUUACAUCUGUAGAUUUGCAUUGGUGGAAUUUUCAGUUUUAAUUGGAAAUAGAGGCAAGGGGAAUUGCACUCCAAUAUUAAGUAAACGUGUAUACAGGUACCUUAAAAUUCUUGUACAUUUCCUUGUAGAAGUUUGAAAUGAAAUUAAUUCUAUCCAUGUAGUGAUGGUAAAACUGCUUUUCAGUUUGUACAACAGCAGCAGAUAAAACAAUCCUUUUUUACUUUGUGGUUUUAUAAUUGGAAUCAAACUAGAGAUUAUAUCAGUGAAGAAUAUUGAAUAAAUGCAUACUAUAAUUUGCUUAUCAUUUUUGUUGUAAAUUGAUGUAAUUUGAUAUUACCAUAUUUUUCCCUUUUGGAGAACAUUUUUUUUCAAUGUAUGUGCCUUUGCCUUUAAGACAGAGGGUUAUAGCUAGUGCAUCCUGAUUUUAGUCCCUUUAUCUUGAAAUGCACUGAAUAUGAAUUGGUUUGAAUUAAAAAAUAUUUUAAAUAGGGCAUUGUAAUUCUGUAACUUGAAAAUCUUUAAAGAUAGAUCAGUAAGAAUAUGUUAUGGUAUGCUGCACAUUUUAUUGGAUUGUAACAGUUCUAACAAAUUGCAAAUGGGACUAGCUCAGGAAGGAAGACACCUUAGCAUAGACAAGUUGAGCUGAAGGGGUUUUUAUUAGCUCUGUAUAUCACUGACUGUUUAUAAGUUUUUGAAAUUUGUAUCUUAGUUUUAAUCGUGUUUUUCCAGUGACUCAUUAUAUUUUUACUUUGUAUAAUUUGCACAGAUUUUUAAUAAGAUUUUUGUUUAUUAUUUACUUAGGUGACCAUCUGUUAAUCAAAUAAACACAUUUGGCAAAAAAUAGAUGAGUGAA